UUUUCCGCAAUAGUCAUGAAAAUUAGGUAAGAAAAAACAUUACCAUUCUCCUCAAAUUACAAAGCUUAGGUUAGCAACUCCGACAAGAUUUCACUUCCUUACUAUUAUUACCUCUAAAGAGUUGACAAAUAGUUGGUAGUUAAAAUCUAAGGAAGACUAUAUCUGCACUAACUACCCCCUUCCUCUUCCAUCUAUGGACCCCCCAUAGCUCUCCCCCUCUCUCUCAUACGGCCCUGACAUGGCCGUGAGAAGAGCUCCAUCUUUCAAAAGGUGAUGUCAAGCUUUUCGAGUUUUUCUAAGCCUUUUCUGAUAUGGUCCUGUAUGGGGCACCACAGGAAGGUGGACAAAACUAACCGAUCUUACACAUGACACCAUCUGCAUAUCUUAGUUUUGAAUGGUUUCUGUUAUAUCUGGCCCUCUUAUUAGAUUCUCUUAUGCGGCUAUGUCUUUUUUCCAUUUUGUAUUUUUCUUCUGGGUCCUCAUGUCAGGGAGCCGUUUUUUGAUUCUUUCUUCUGCCUUUUGUUGCCCACAAGACUAUGUAAAACAAAGUAAUCGACAAUUCGAGCAGAAAACUGAUCGCUUCUGGGAGUUCCAAGAGGAAUCCAAUACCUGGGUUGAAGUGAAACUGCCUUAUGACCUAGUCUCUUGUAUUAAUGAUAACUGUACAAAGCUGGGCUCAAUUGAUCAAGUAACAAAAAAUAAAGAAGAAGAACACUUAGAAAGAGAAUACGAUGUUUCUGGGCAAACUGAGAGCUUGAAAGAGAAAGAUGGUGAUGGAGAAGUUGCAGAGGAGAAUUCUGAGGUUAUUCUGCCUCAGAGAAAGAGAAUUUCGUUGACUAGAAUGUCUGAGACAUCCAUUUGGGUUACUGGUGAAAGCGGGUCUGUCUACGAGAGGUUUUGGAAUGGAGUACAGUGGGUGAUAGCACCCCAUGAUCUUCCGAUACUGGCAGGUCAUGCGAUCUGUGUCUUUUUUGUCAAUCACACAAUUCUUGCUUUAUCAGAAGUAGGAGUUCUAUAUCAGAUGCAACUCAGUGACAGCUCACAACCAAUUUGGGUCGCAUUCACACCAACUCUUGAUUCAACCACGAAUAAAGAAGCAGAACAAAGUUCUAUGAUCCUAAUAAAGUCUGGAGUUGUUUCAUAUGAUGGUUUGAGAAUUUAUUUCUGCACAAAGGAGGGCUUAUUGUUAGAACUGGCUGAGGUUGAACCUCCAAGAUGGGUACACCAUGGAAGACCGCCGGGUGGAAAUGUCGCAGAAAUUGCUGAUGCUGGUACCAUUAGACCAGAAGUAUUAUAUACGAUAAGUUCAAUAGGCGACCUUUAUGAAUAUGACAAAAGCUCAAAGCCAUCAUGGAAGAAGCAUAUAUGGACAGAAGGAACAGGAGAAGAUGCUUUGCUGAUACCAUCAACAGGUUACACCAUUAAUGGCUUAAGUGGAGAAUACUCCAUUUCCCUGUUUCUUUUGACCAAGAGUGGAAAACUGGUAGAGAGAAGAUUAAAUCAGAGGAAGUGGAAAUGGAUUAUCCAUGGAAGUCCCAAAGAUCAUCGACUGACUUCCAUGACACCCGUUGUACAAGAUGAUUCAAAUGAAAAUUUUUCAUUAUUUUUCACAACAACCACUGGAUACAUUUUUGAGUAUCGGAUUCUGAAACAUUCAGGUACUCUAGAUAACCAAGUUUCUGAACCAUGGUUGAGUCAUACUCAUCCCCCAAAUGCAAAAGCUGCUAAAGGAAUUGCUGGGCUACAGCUUCAAGUUGGCAGAAUAAUAUUCGCACUGGAUGAUGGUAGACUCGCUGAGUUACAUUUACCAGGACUAGGAGGAGAUAAUAUAGGUCCAAAUUAUCAAAUUAAUAUCAGGAGAAAAGCAUCAGUUAAGUAUCUGUGGUCAAUGUUAGAUGCACCAGAGACAGAAGGAUGGAAUGCAGAGUACUGCAAAGAAGAACGAGGACCCACAAAUUGCAUCAUAGGCAUAAAAUAUGAACCUAAUGAUUCGGGAAUUUCAAGGUCAGUGACAAGAAGGCGAAAGGGAAGUCAAGCACAACAAAAUUACUUAGUUGCAGGUGCUAGUGAAUCAAUAUCUACAGAAGAAUAUAGUUUUCCAGAAAAUUGGAUCAACACUAACUUCCGUCUACGAGUUAUGCAUGAAAGCAGAUCAUUUUUUCUCAUAACAGACGGUGGUUUGGCAUUUGAAUAUCUUAAUACUGAAAAUGUAUGGCUUUGGCUGAGGCAUGAUCACUCAACACCAAUGAAAGGUGCACUAGGAAACUACAAUGGAAGUUUAUUUUUAGUCGAUAUUCAUGGUAAUUUGCUUGUCAGAGAGAGGAGUGGUAAUGAUCUGGCAUGGUUAAACUGCACUGCUAUGAGAAAAGGAAAGCAAGUAACUGGCGGACCUCCAUGGGAAGGAAUUCCAGGUAAAGCUAAGAAAGUUACAGCAGAAGAUGCACUCUUCUUUGUGAGCAAAACUGGAAGACUACUACAGUUUAUAGUUGCCCUGCGGAAGUUUAAAUGGAAAGACUGCCGACACCCUCCAAAUACAAAAGUAGCAAACAUAAUAGAUCAGGAGCUGAUCAGAGAAAAAAUAGUAUUUGUCACUGGCAGGAAUGGUCGACUAUAUCAGUAUAACAAAGUGACAGAACUGUGGCAUGAGCAUCAUCAGUCUCAACAUUUGAUUCUAUCACGAUUGCCAGGAACUGCAAUGAGGUCAUCAUCUGUAUCACUUACAGGCUCACUAUUCAUGCUAUCAGAAGACGGUGGGCUAGUUGAAUAUCAUUGGAAUACAGGUGAAGGCUGGAACUGGAUUGAACAUGGGAAACCAAAUACAGGCGUGACCCUGAUCACUUCUCCUAGCCCAUGCUUCGAUAAUCAGCUUUUUUUGAUUGGUUCAGACGGAAAAGUAUACAUGAGGUAUAUGGACCAAAAGACAUGGAGAUGGAAAAACUGUGGCUUCCCUUGUGCAAGAAAGACAAACGAUGAUGAUCAAAGACAAGCAGAGACAGAAGAUGAGAAUGAAGAAACUUGUAUAGAUAAAGAUAUCUCAGCUAGCUGGGAGAAGGAUGCAGGAAACUUCAGAGAUACUAAUAGAAACUGCGAUCCAAAGGUGGCAUCAACAAGACCAAUUCCAUUUUCAGAGGAUUCAGUGGUUUUUGAGCUGCGAGAUGGCAGAUUGGCAGAAAUGCAACGAGUUGAGGACUCGCUUUGGAGGUGGGCACGGAUUAUUGGCACUCCAACAAGCUCAUGCAUAACUAAUUAUUGGACCGCUGUGGCAUCAUGAGAUGGGGAACAAAAAAAACAACCAAUACAAGUUACAGCCUUACAAAAGGACUUGUCAGCAACACAGACAUGAAUAGACUAGGAUCCGACAACUAUUGUACAGUUUAACACAGGACAGAGCAAAAUUCGUACUCUUUAUUUCUCUUGCUGUGACAGGGAAAAUUGAGGACUGAAACCUUCAAAAGAAAAGGAAAUGCUAGCUAAACAGCUUGUACAGUAAAAUAAUACGGCAGAGAUUGGAAUUUCUGCAAAAAAAGCACCAACCUUUUCCAUCUGAGCACAUGUAGAAACAGUUUGGAAAGUUUUUGGGCAUCAAUGAAUAUCACUUUUAUCAA